GUCAAUGUAGAAACUGGAUGUGUAUCCAUCCUCUAUGACCUGGCUCGAAACACUUCUUUGUUCUUUGAACCACCUCUUAUUAAGAUUAUUUGAACUGAAUAUAAGUCUGCGUUACUGUAUCUCUCUUUCUCUCUCCACAGUUUUGAUGCUUGUGUGUAAUUUCAAGGUGUUGUUCAUCGGCCACUUUUUGUACAACCAGUUUUUGAGUGUUGCGGCCGCUGCUUAUUGUGUUUGGAAUGUGCAUGGUCAUUUGAUACCCUUGCUGAAACAGGAACUCUUGGAAGUGGCAGACGAGGGUCUGCAUUGUCUUGCUUGGCAGAGUUAUAAAACGCCCAGUUAUGAGAGGGAGGAUUGCAGUGUCCAUUCAAUACAAGCUGUGGACAUCAAAAGAACUGGAGGAACAAUUGGGAGCUUCAAAUCUAAUGUGACAACGAAUGACAGUGCGGGUGUUGAGACUAUACCCAUAGAAAAAGCCCAUGACAACUUCGAGGACUUGGGAAAUACGAAGUUGAAGGAUUUCUGUGAAGCAGCCGACGAAAAUGUGUUUCUUGAUUCUGAGGUUGGGGAUAAUCGUGUUGGGGUCGAACACGAGCAUCUUUUGCAGUUAGAUAUUCACUCAUUGCAACCUGGAGAUCAGGAUGACAGCUCGCACAAAUUCUUCAAGUUUCAAUCUCUCGACGUGAAAGAGAGCGACGAAAAUGAGAAGUUCUUCAUCGUGCAACCCUUGGAGUACAAGUGUAAAGACCAGGAUCAAGUGAUUGAUUUGAUGAAGAACCAGGGUUUGAAUCAUGCUCUUAGGAACACGGAGUUUCCAAACUACACCAGUUACGAAGACUUUAGUGAUAUAGAAAUAGAGGACUUAGAGGCUGAAAAGGAAAAUAUAUCACGGAACAUGACUGAAGCUGAAACGUUUAAGAUAACAGCCCCAUGGCACAUAAGAUUCAAUGCAGAGAAACUAACCAUAAGAAACUCCUAGAUGCAGGCAGAGGGGACUCCUACUUGGAAAACUACGAAGAAAUUAUCAUGUAUCCAAGGUAACACAGGAUAAAACUCUCUUCAGCAAGCCUCAAAUCAAUAACUGGCAGCCUUGGGAAUUUCAACCUGUUAUACUUCCUCCCUGACGAGUUCCGCCCCUGUUCCAAUCAAGAGAUGAGCUUCAGGAGCCGUUUCUCAUCGGUGUUGUUUUAUUGCGACAUACCCGACUUUCAAAACGUCGGUAGAGGUACGAGUGACAGUGCCUGCCACUUUCAAGCAACAAACAUGAUCGUUGGCACACAGCCCCGGGAGGUUGCAAUCUCAUAUCCACCCUCCACUUCGUUUGCAUCAGUAGGUCGUAAGAGAUUCAUCCCUGGAAUGGUUCUCAACCUUGCUGAUUCCUCCACGGGCUGAUGUGUUGGUCUGUCUUCUCCUACUCCAAUGGAGUCGUGUAGCAGGAUGCAGGUAACGCCAGCUUGACUCGAGGAGGAUAGACGCAUCACAUUCUCCAUGUCGCCACUCAGAGUUAAAGAGGUACCAGUCGGGGAGGAUCCAACCCAAGUUAUUUCGUUGGCAAAGUCAGAGAAGCCUUUGAGCUUGUGAGAUUGGCAGUGUCAGAGACGUAGGUUUUUGCAGGGUGCGGUACAGCAGCUGCACAGAGAGGUACCUCUGGUUGUGUGGAAAUCACAUGCACGCUGGCUGGAUUCCCUCCUAUCUGUCCAUUAGCCUGUAGCGAAAAGCGAGUAAGUAUCUGUGAUUCACACACUCUGUAGACACACGAUUUUACAGAAACACUUGGGUUAUUUCUCAAGAGGAAUUUCAUUCUAUGUGGAAUGAGGAAGUCAACAAAUAACUCAUCAUGUCUGUGCAUUCCUCGUGAUUCAUUAUAAAAAACAAAAAAAAAUGGUUUACAUCCUU